CCUUGCGCCCACCAGAAGAACGAAACGAGGGAAGGGAGUGGGAAUUUUACAACUCAGAAAGGAAAGAAGGGAAGACGAAAAGAUGGGUCUGAAAAUCGAAAGAAGAGUGGAGAGAGUGAAUGGAAAAGACUUGAGUUACACCCAAUUCGUACAACAAUACCUAGUUCAGAAUCAACCCGUUAUUCUCACUGGAUUGAUGGAAGAUUGGAGGGCCUGUAAAGAUUGGAUUCUUGAAGAUGGAAAACCCAAUCUCCAAUUUUUCUCUACUCAUUUUGGGAAUUCCAAAGUCCAGGUUGCAGAUUGUGGGGCUCGAGAAUGUAUGGAGCAAAAGAGAUUGGAAAUGUCUGUUUCAGAGUUUAUCGAGAAAUGGGUUCAGCUUAGUUCUUCCAGGGAGAGUAUUAGUAAUGAGGUUUCUGAUGACAAGUCUUUACUGUACUUGAAAGAUUGGCAUUUUGUUAAGGAGUACCCGGAAUAUUGUGCAUAUAGAACUCCAUUGUUCUUCUGUGAUGAUUGGCUGAACAUGUAUCUUGACAAAUAUGAUAUGCAUACUGAUCCUGAUAGCUACCAGAAGGAAAAUGAAAUAAGUUGCUCUGAUUAUCGUUUUGUGUACAUGGGACCAAAAGGCACCUGGACUCCUCUUCAUGCGGAUGUUUUCAGGUCAUAUAGUUGGUCAGCCAACAUUUGUGGCAAGAAGCAAUGGUUUUUUCUCUCACCAAGUCAACAUCAUCUUGUAUUUGACAGGUACAUGACAAAUGCUGUUUAUAAUAUCUUUGAGGAUGUUAGUGAAACAAAGUUCCCCGGUUUUAAAGAGGCUAUCUGGUGGGAGUGCACUCAGGAACAGAAUGAGAUAAUCUUUGUCCCUAGUGGAUGGUACCAUCAAGUUCAUAACCAGGAAGAUACAAUAUCAAUCAAUCACAACUGGUUCAAUGCCUAUAACCUCUCUUGGGUGUGGGAUAUACUUUUGACAGACUAUAAGCAAGCAAGGGAUUUAAUAGAAGACAUUAAGGAAAUUUGCGAUGAUUUUGAGGGGCUUUGUCAGAGGAAUCUUGCAGCUAAUACAGGCAUGAAUUUUCGUGAUUUCUUGGUCUUUAUGAUGCGUUUUGCUUUUGCCAACUUGUUCCAGUUUCACCAUCUUGGAAGAUCCGGCAAAAAUCCCCUCUUCUGGUCAUCUCAAAUAGCUCAACAUAUAGUUUUCAAUCUUCAAUCUAUACAAAGUAUAGCUCUAAAGAUGAAAUCUGUUGGAGUAUGUACACAUCAUGCCUUCUCAUUGAAGCCCAGUAAAAUUUUGGAAGAUCAUUCCUUUAUGGAACUGUUCACUACUCUAAAAAAAAAUUAUGGUAUGAUGCAUGGCCCAUUUGAAAUUGUUUACGAAGAAAAGAUGGGUUUAUGCAGUGAUAUGGAUGCAAUCUUCUGUGAUUUCACCAAUCCUAGUAUUGGAAGUUCUGAAGAUCUUGUUCAGUUGAUAGACUUUGCUUUUGAAAAACUUGGUUUUGUUGCCAGUAAAAGUCUACCCUCCCGGAAAACUAGAUAUAACCUGGAGGAGCAACUCAUGUGCAGGGAUUGAAUUAAAGUUAUUCAUUAUGUUUAAAUGUUGCUCAUUCUUUUGUAG